AUGACCACCACCACUACCUUCAAGGGUGUCGAUCCCAAUGGCAGGAAUAGCUCUGGGGUGUUGCAUCCUCCAGGUGGUGGGUCAAAUUUUACUCUGGGCUUUGAUGAGCCUACAGAACAACCAGUGAGAAAGAACAAAAUGGCAUCUAAUAUUUUUGGAACACCUGAAGAAAAUCGACCUCUUUGGGCCAAGUCAGUAGGGGCUCAGUCUAGUAGGGAUUAUCCUGAACCAUCUGGACUCCAAAGAAGAAACUCUUCUGAAGCAGGUUCUGGAGAUUUUUUAGGUCCAAAGGGAGAAGGUGAUGUGCAUGAAAAUGUGGAGGCAGACUUACAAGUUGACCUGGGACAGGAUGAAGAGAAAUCUGUGCCUGUUGCACCUGUUCCCAGCCCAGUUGCAUCAGCACCAGCACCAUCCAGAAGAAAUCCACCUGGUGGCAAGUCCAGCUUAGUCCUUGGUUAAAUAUGACUUUUUUUUCCCCUCCCCUUCAUGCUUGUGAACUGCACAACUUGAG